GGCUUGUCUCUUUUGCGCCGUCGUUCGGUUCGCUCGUCGUCGCGGUCUCUACGCUCAAUUUUCGAUGCGAUUUCGCGAAUUUUGUGUUUGCAAACUAUGAAAAUGCCAGUGAAAAUGUGCUUAAUCAUGCACAAGGUUGCAUUUUAAACAAUUGAUGAAACCAUUUUCGCCUGCAAAAGAACUUAUCGUCAGCGAGAAAGCAGGAGAGAGAGAGGGAGAGAGAGUAAGCGAGAAAGAGAGAACCAACACACAAGAAAGAAAAGCUUUUUGCUCAUCACGAGAAUGUCGCACGACACGGCCACAAACGUCGGAGGAGGAGCAGCAGGAGCAGGAGCCGGAGCAGGAGGUGCUCCAUCUGUGGUGGAGUGCAGCGAUGCCUCCUCCAAGGUGGAGGUGAUUGUCUACACAAAGUCGGACAAGACACUCAAACAGAAUAUGAACGCCAAGGAUGAGACGCUCAGGAAGCGCACAUCCCUGAUCAUUGUGCCACAGCAGGUGGAUGUAGACGAUGAUGAUGAUCCAAAUCAGAAUCAGAUGCAGACCCAUGGCAAUGCCACAUCUAAACAGGAGGAAUUGCUGCUGGAGAAUGGCAAUCGCAAUUCGAUUGCCAGCAUGGACAGCAAUCAGUCAUCGGCCUCCAGUACGAGGACUACCAGUAGCAGCAGCAGCAGCAGCAGCGGUAGCACCACUUCGGAGGAUGCCCAUGCCGCCUAUGAGGAUCUACAGAAUGGCAACGCUGGCCCACCCCCACCACGCUCCAUCUCCAACUUGAGCUCCUCCUCCUCCGAGUCCACCUCCUGCUCCAGCUCCGUGGACUACUCCCUGCGGGAGCAGCUCAAGAACCUAGCCAAUCGCAGUGGGGCCGAGACCGCCGAUCGGCACUCGCUGCCCACCAAUGCUGGUGGCCUACAGCUGCUCAAGGCCAUGCCAUCAGCCACUGGCCCGCACUGCGAUGCUCUGCUCAGUCCCCAGGAGGCGCCCCUGGGCAGACGGUACGCCGAAGUGUCACAAUUCAAGGCACACGGCAAGGCGAGAACAAGUGAACCGCUAGCAUCGGUGGCCAUUGGUGGAGUUGUGACAGCCGCACCACAGAGCAACGCGGCGGAGUCAGUGAACGGCGGAAACUCUGCCAACACUGCCAGCACCAACAACAAUAACAACAACAACAACAAUAAUAUCAACAGCAGCAAUAACAAUCACAAUGGCCAACAGUCACAAAAAUCCCAACAGCAGCAGCAGCAGCAGCAGCAGUCGAACCUUCAGAACGGAGUAAACGUUGGCUCCAUGACCACAUCCUCCGGCACAAGCCAUGGGGCGGCGGCAGCGGUGGCGGUGGAAUCAUCGAAUCAGAACGGAGACAGCCGCAGCCAUCGGCACAGCAGCAGCCUGGAGCCAACAACGGACAUCGAAGAUGUUGUUGACAUGGCCCAAGGCGGCGAUGUCUUCGAAGAUGACACAGAGGCCCUGCUGCCCAAGUGUUCGCGCCGAUCCCGGGAUGAGCUCAGUCAGUCACGCACAUCUCUGGUGUCGAGCUCCGAGGGCGGCAUCCUGGCCGAGGGCGAAACCUCCAGCGAGGAUGAACGCGAUGAGGAGACCAGUCGCGAUUCCAGCGACAAUUCGCCGCCCUGCGAUCUGGGUCUGGGCGAGCGGCUGCUGCUCACCCAUCCCAUGUGGUUCCUGCCGGGCAUCCAACGUUCGGGGGCCGUUCAUCUGCUGCAGGGCAAGGAGGAAGGGACCUUCAUUGUGCGCGGCUCCAGUCAGCCCAACACGAUGGCCGUGUCGGUGCGCCUGCCCCUGGACACGGGCCCCUACAUCGAGCACUAUCUGAUCCAGUCGCACGACAAUGUGCUCAGCCUGGAGAGCUCGCGGUUCACGUUCGGCUCGAUACCCUCACUGAUCGCCCACUAUGCCCAGUGCUGCGACGAGCUGCCCGUCCAGCUGAUGCUGCCACGGCUGCUGCGCGAGGCCAACAACCGCAAGAAGCUCUCCUCGCUGGCCCUGCUCGGCCAGGAGUUCUGGAGCUAUGCCAGCAGUCCCGCCGUCCUCGGUCCGCCCACGCUAGUGGGCCCCUCAAGGGCAGCGCCACAGGACACCCAAUCUUGCGAUGCCAAGUCGCCGCUGUCCCUUACGGAGACGAGCGGUCUGGGCACGGCAACUUUCUUCAGCGAUGCAGGGCCAAAGCCCCCGGCCACAGCGCCCCCGGCACCCGGUGGUAAUGGCAAUGGCAGCCUCUUUAGUCCCACGGGCAGCGGACAGCUGAUGGGCUUCUUCAGCCAGGCGGGCACGCCCUCGGACACGACAAACUCCAGCAUGAGCUCGUUCACCACCAGCGGGGGCCAGCACAUGCAGCUGCUGAGCCCCAAUUCCGUGGACUCGGUUAUACUGACCAUGUCGCCCGUGGAGGGCCAGGGGCCAGCCGGAUAUCUGCCGCCAGGAGGGCCGCCGCCGCCCAUCUCCUGCCCACUGGCUGGAACAGCCGCAGCCGCAGCCGGCAUCGGCCAGCAGAUGAGCACCUUCAAGGUGCUGCCCAUCGAGGGAGGAGGAGGAGGAGGGGCAGGUGCUGUCGAUCAGGUGCGUCCGCAACGUCCGAAGCCUCCAAACACAUUGAAUCUCAAGCCGCCGGCGCCACCGCUGCGCUGGUCCAAGCCCCACUCGCCGGAUCAGCUGGCGAAUGGCAAUGGCAAUGGCAAUGGGAAUGGGAACAGUAAUUUCACGGUGACCACCACCGUCACCUUCUCCAUGGAGAGCGGCAAUGGGAGCAGCGGAGGAGGAGGCAUUGGAGGCAACACUGGGGGCAAGUUUGUCGAGGUGACGACACCCGCCUCCAGCAAUCCCUUCAACGCUUUGCUCAAUGGCCAGGCCAGCACCUUUCAGACGUUCGCCAAGCGCCUGUCGCCCGAGGGCGAGUGCAAGGACACGCUGUCCUCGCAGGGCUCCUCCUCCACCAACGACAGCCGCUGGCAGCUGCACUCGAGCCGCGACUCCAGCCACAGGAAGAUCCUCUCGCCGCAGACACCCAACAGCAGCAGCAGCGGUGGCGGCGGCGGCGGUGGUGGCAAGUCGCGCAAAUCACGCGCCGGCAAGGAGUCACAGCACUACAAGGAGUCGGACAUACUCGAGAGCCCGCCGCUGCAGUACUGCGCCAGCGCCCUCAGCGACAAGAUCAGCGACUACGAGGACGUGUGGUCGCACGACCCCAGCGACAGGGCCAGUCUGCUGACCAGCUUCAAGCCAACGCCCCAGGACGGGGUGCUGAACCGUCGACCCGAUCUGCUGGCCGAGACACCCAGCACACCCACAGCCCAAACACUGCCGCAUCUGACGCCCUGCGAGGAGGAGACCAUCGGCGACGCUGCCGCCGCCGCCGCCGCCAAGGACAGCAGCCAACAGCUGUUACAGUUCUCUGGCGAUGCGCCGCCACGCUCUCGGGCCGGUCUGCUUUUGCCAAAUUUAAGCCUAGUCGGCAGCCAGGCAACAGCGCCGCCGCCAGCCAUGAGCCAGUCACUGACCGAGCCGGGCGACGAUGGCGGUGAGAUCACACCGACAGCGGCACAGACACCGGGAUCGCGCAGCAAACAGGGCAGCCCCUUCUACGCGGAGCCAGCGGAUGCACUACGACAGGCGGGCCUGACCAGUGCGGCCACGGCCAUAUUGCGGCGCCAGCAUCGCAGCCAGGUGAUGCACGCCAAUCAGCGGCACUCGGAGCCGCUCAAGGGAGGACUGGGCGGCACAACGGCCGCCCUGCUGCUGCCCAGCGACCUGGAGAAGCUGGCAGGCAGCCUGGACGAGCUGAAGCAGAAGCCACAGCAGCAGCAGCAGCACCAGCAGCAACAUCAGCAGCAGCCAACGACAAAGCGGGCACGCAACCGCAUCGAUCACUGGCAGCUGGACAGCAGCUGGGAGUUUAUGGCCAAGCAGGAUACGACGGGAGAGGCAUACGACGCCUCGGUGCAGGACUGGCAGGAGAAGGAGAACUCGCUGGGACGCGACAAGGAUGGGGGACUGGGCAAGAAGAGGCCCCCACUGACAGUCCACCAGAUCAUUGCCAAGCGACUGCCCGACCUCAAUCUGCCGGAAUUGGUUCGCUGUUCGACGCCACCGCAGACGAUGGCCGGCAACGGCACCGCCACCGGUGCCGCGCCACUGCAGCCGCUGGUUCAGGGCCAGGAGAGGGAUGGCAGCGGCAGCCAGAAGUCAUUCCAGAGCCAGAACGUCGGCUGUCGCCUCUCCUCAUACGACAAUGUCUUCUGCCAGAACUCAAUGUUCGGUGGCAUCGAUUCGGCCCAGUCCGACGAUGGCACCAUAUUCUCAGAGCCCUGGGACUCAUCCCAGUGGGACUCGUUCCUACCCCAUGACGACACCACCCUCAAUUCGGACACCAUUCAUCUGUCCAAGUGCAGGCCCGCCCUGUCCGAGGACGAUACCAUUGUCGAGGAACUCAGCAGCACCAAAGACGGCAGCAACAGCAGCUGCAACCAGGACACGCUCAAGGCCAACAGGAAUGGUGCUGGACACCACAACCACAAUCACAAUCACAACAAUUGCAGCGCCAAGGCCAACAGUCGACCCAAAGUGGCCACCAUUCUGCGGAAUCCCAGCAUGCGGGAUCGUGAAGUCUUAUGUCACCCCCGCAACAAGAUGAACAUCCAGAGCAGCGGCCCCGGCGACUCACUGCGCGCGUACACGCUGCAGCUGGCCCAGGACCCCAGCUCCACCUUUGCCCGCAACAUCGAGAACUUCAUCAGCUGCACCAAGGAGUCGCGCGAGGCGGCGCCCCAGGUGGUCAUGCGCAACAUGCGACAGUUCAUGAGCGGCAUGAAGAACUAUCUGGUGAAGCACGGCGAGGGCAAGUUCCAUGCCGAACUGGAGUCGGCCCGCGGCCGACUGAAGGCCGACGAGUUCCUCAAUCUGGACGCCAUGCUGGAGACGGUGAUGCAUCAGCUGGUGGUGCUGCCGCUGCGCGAGCAUCUCUAUGGCAUCUUCGUGGACUACUAUACGCGCAGCGAGGACAUUCAGCUGCUGGCCCAGAACGUGCGCUAUGCCUGCGAACGGGAGGCGGCCGACUUUGGCAUCCGGCCCACCGUCACACCGCCCUCGCAGACGGCCCUGCGACUGAUUGCGAAUUUGCUGUGGCGCCUGCAGGAGGCCGAGCUGCCGCUGGACAAGCUGGAGCUCUUCCUGUGCGUCAUCUCGACGGUGUUCGAUGCGACGGGCUGUCCCCGGGGCCAGCAGCUGGGCGCCGAUGACUUCCUGCCCGUGCUCGUCUAUGUGGUGGCCAAGUGCGGCUUUGUUGGCGCCGAAAUCGAGGCGGAGUUCAUGUGGGGCCUGCUCCAGCCGACGCUGCUCAAUGGGGAGCCGGGCUACUACCUCACCGCCCUCUGCAGCGCCGUUCAGGUGCUCAAGACGUUCAUGGCCUCCGAGGGCGAGAGCGGCAGUGGAUCCCUCGACUGGCGCUCCAGCUGCCUGCCCGCCUGCUCCAGCGUGCUGCGGGUGAUCAUACCGGAUGAAUGCAACGGCUCGCUGCAGACCCGGACACUUCCCGUGCGGCCGCACACGACGACGCGCGAGGUGUGCCGCAUCAUUGCCCAUAAGGCACGGAUCACCAAUCCGCAGGACUAUGCCCUGUUCAAGCUGGUCGACGGUGAGGAGACGCUGCUCAGCGAUGCCGAGUGCCCGCAGGAUGCACGCCUGGCGGCCAAGGGCAAGCACUGUAUGCUCGCCUACAAGCGGAUCGAUGCGAAGAUCGCCUGGCCCACCACACAGCCGACAGGACAUUGAGCAGCAGCAGCAACAGCAACAGAAUCUGAAACUGAAACUAAAUCUGAAUCAGCAUCCUUUCCUGCCCUGCCCUGACCGGCCCUACCCUGCCCCAUCUUGCUCACUAACCAAGCAUAUUUGAUUAAUAAUUUAUUAUUAUUACAUUAAAAUAUACUUAGUAGCCUGUAAGUAAAGCUAAUUAACGCUAAUUAAUUAGAAAACAUCUAAUGUGUACUAAACAACAGUAUUGAGUUAAGCGUCGUGUUUUUUUUAUCAUCAUCAUCACCCUAUCCCCAGGAACCCCCUCCCUACCCCGUUCCUGCACCCCGUUCUUUUU